AUGUCAACAACGGUUUUCCGUUAUGAGAAAUUGUACAGUGAAAUCACACAACGCUUCUGGAUGAGCGCUGCUCGACUGUACAGUAGUACAGCAACUGCACCAGCUCCAGAACAACGUGAUCUGUACGAAACGCUAGGCGUUGAACCGUCUGCAACGGGUAAGGAGAUCAAAGCGGCAUACUACAGACUCUCGAAACUGUAUCAUCCGGACCGACACGACGGGGAAGAACAGAAACGGCGACAGAAGCGUACGAAGUUUUGUCGUCUGAUAAAAAACGAAAAGAAUAUGAUGAAAAAUGAAAGCUGCGUGCAGACACCAUCGGGAAGUUGGCCAACACAACCGAACGGGGCAAGAACAAAGAAAAAUUUCGAGGAUUUAGGACUGGAUUAUAAAACAUUUGAGGAAUUUCAGCGUAGCAUGCCGGAUGAAUUUUUUGAGCAUUUUGGCACUCGACAAUUCACCAGUACUUUCCGUCCGCAAGCAACAUCUUAUUUUACUUACAGUUACAAGGAUACGAUGCAGCGGCAGCGUGAAUUGAAAGAAUGGCAGAUUUUGAAGGAGAUUGAGGAAGAGAAACGGAAGACGAGGUACAAAAUUCCAACGUUCCUGGCAAUGGAAAUGCAAAGGAAGCAACGAAUGCUCAAUGAAAAGAGAACUGUCAACGCUUUUAUACUCCUUUUUGGCAUUCUAAUGACUCUUUCAUAUGUCCGCCGAUUAGUAUAA